UUUUGUAGCUGCAUAACACCACCACCAACACAUAUCUCGAUCACAGUAAUUUCCCUCUCUCUUUCACAAGAUGUUCAAGAUGCAUUGUAUGAUCAUUGCCUGCUUACUAGCCGUAGCUGCUCAGCGCGUGAGCAGCUCCGAGCUCGUUCCGUUCACCAAAGUUGCCUUCGCAACAGCAAGGAGAGCAGUUUGUUUGGAUGGGUCACCGGGUGGCUACCAUCACUCGGCCGGAUCAGGAGACGGAGCCAGAAAUUGGCUCGUCUAUCUCAUGGGAGGAGGAUGGUGUGCAGACAUUGCUACAUGCCAAAGCUACUUCAAUGAAACUAGAGGGAGUAGCCGAUUCAGCCGAUUCGAAAAUUUCACAGGGAUUCUUAGCCCAGACAAACACAUAAACCCGGAUUUCUACAACUGGAACAGAAUUUACGUGGUCUACUGUGACCAGUCGUCUUUUCUCGGAGACAGUGAGGUUAAUGGCCCAGAGCACAAGGUCCAGUUCAGAGGGUCCAAGAUAUUUGAUGCUGUCGUGGAAGACCUUUUGGUCAAAGGAAUGGUUGUUGGAAAAAAUGUAAUUCUUUCCGGCAGAUCCGCCGGGGCCCUAGCAACCAUCCUUCAUUGUGACGGCUUUCGAGCACGUCUCCCCAUUGCCUGCAGGGUGAAAUGCCUAUCGGACGCUGGAUUUUUCAUCCGAGCUGAGAAUGUCCCUUACGCGGACUAUAGAGAGCAAUUUUUUGCCUCGACCAUCACGCUCCAUAAAAUAUCCAGAUUUUUGCCGGCCACAUGCACAAAAAGAAUGGAUCCGAAUUUGUGUCUCUUUCCAGAAAAUAUAGUCGGAGAUGUUCGAACUCCACUAUUUAUAUUGAAUAGUGCAUUUGAUUAUUUCCAGGUUAAAAACCGUUUGGUUCCUGAUUCGUCUCCUGAUUGGGAAAGAUGGGAAAUGUGUUCGAACAAUUUGAGCUUUUGUACGUCUUCUGAUAAACAAUUGAUAACUGAUUUUGGGGAUGCAUUUUUCAAAGGCGUUAGACGAAUCCUCAAAAAUCCUUCCGGAGGCAUGUUUAUAGACGCAUGCUACAUUCAUUCAGUAGCAUAUGAUGAGCGCUAUUGGUCACCCAAUUCCACUGUCAAAUUGGGAAAUUUGACCAUAUUGGAGGCCUUUGCUAAUUGGUAUUUUGAUAGAGAUUCAGUCACAUUGGUUACUUCUUCCAAAUUUUUAGAGAUUUGUACUUAAAGAAGUGCUAUGUAAUAGCUAAUUAUCUACUACUAUAAACUAGUAGUUUUAGUUGUGCGAGGACUUGCUUUGCCCAUUUUAAGUAUAUUGUUUAAAAUGGUGUUAUGAAAAGAAGAUACAAAAAAAUAUUAAUGAAUAUAUUGAAGUUGUGGUGUA